AUGCAGAACUUCCUGAGGCUGCUGCGGAGGCACGGGGCUUCCUGUCCGCCCCCACCAGAGCUGGUAACCCUUGCGGCAAAGCUGUGCUGGGACCUUCGGGAUGACCCCACUCAGCUGCGACCUCUGGUGGCAGCUGUUCUCGCCAGCCAACUUCGUCUGCACCUUCUGGACAAUGGGGCCCUGGUCCUGGUUUGUGCCCGUGUCUUGGUCCAGCAGGAGCAGCUGCAGGCAGCCUGCCAGCUUCUGGAGGAGUGCCGGGUUUCAGGCGGCAGUCAGGAGCUGGUGCAGCUCUGGAAUGACAUCCACUACUGCCUGGCCAUGAGGAGGCUAGGCGUAGCCACCCUGAGCCCUGUGCAGAAGUUCCGAUGCAGAAAGAGGAACCCACCACCCCCUACCCUCUGCCCCAAGAGCCCCAAGAGCCGGAACUUUCCUCAAGAAGUUCGUCAGACUCUGAAGGACUUUGCCUCAGGUGUGAGCACCAACCCCAGCAAGGCAGAGCGGGAGACUUUGGCUUUGGAGACAGGCUUGACAGCUAAGCAAGUACACAACUGGUUUGCCAACUACCGACGACGCCAAAGAUACCUUCUCCAUCGCGUGGAUCCAGCCCAGCAGGCCAUUUCAGAAGUUCGCAGCACAAAGGAGUGGGACCCUACCCUCCUGCAGCCCUCAUGCAAUCCCUGUGGUGACUCAGAAUUGGUGGGCAGGCCUCAGUGGUCAGGACACCUGUCAGUGACAGAGCAGGGAAACCAAGGAGCCCACAUCAAGGUCCUAGAAGGGAAACUUCCUCCCGUUGGCCUCAGCCCCAGCUUCGGCUCUCUGACUGUGGACAGCAACAUGACGGGUCCUCCUAUGGCUGCCUCUGAGUCAUGGAUGACGUCCUUUGCACGGCCAUCCUCCAAGGAAGUCUGCUUCCAGCUCGGGCAGCAAGCCCAUAGCUGCAGGCUGGACUCCAGGAUGCACCUACCAGGUUCCACCAUGUCCGUGCCCAUUGCCUCUGUUGGUGAUCCUUGCCCUGCAGCUCAGAAUGUCAUGUACUCAGAAGAAGGCCCUGGUUCAAGUGGUGGGCAGGCAGAGGGGCGCCGCUUCCUGGUGACACAGCCUCCGCUGCAGGCCUGUGAGUGUCUCAUCUCCCCCAGCUCUGCAGAGUUUGUGCCUGUGUCUACCAUGGAGCUGAGCCAUCCCCUGCCCUCCAGCCAGGUGCAGUGGUCUCGCAACAAGGUCUCGUGUGAUGCUGUCUGGGGAGCCAGCAUGCUCCUUGAGUUUUCAGGGGGCAGCCUGGGCCAAGGGCCUAGAUAUGCAGAAAUUUGGAAGCCAGUGAUGGAGUUGGCCACAGACAAAUUGGCCGCGGACCCCGCGGCUGCCAACUCCCAUGACCACCACCAGCGCAUCCUGCAGCGCUGGCCCGCCACCAUUGGUCGGCUGCCUGCUGCUGGGUCGCCUCUCGGCGCAGG